ACGUAAUCGCUCAACUACGACUAAUAAGAAAGUUAUCAAUUCCCGCAAGAUAUAAUAUUCAAAUUUUGGUGUUGGCGACGCUUGUCCGUGUUUCCCCACCGCCGCCCCCGCGACCCGUGCAAGCGCCAAGUCUUCCCUCGGCUCUUCAGUCAGAGGCAAAUGGCGUCGUACGGGUGGAUAUCGUCGCGUCAAGUUGUGAAAAUUAUGAAUGAAUUUUAAUUGUUAUGAAGAAUAUCAAUUAAAGACGAACGGAAAAAGGUUCCGCGGAAUUAUUCAUCGCCUGACAAGGAUUUGUAAAUGAAUAUACUGAUUAUUGCAAAUCUACUGAUUAAACCGAAAAUUAUUAUGAGGGACAGUGCUGCGAGACAUAGACUGAGAAGCGAUGACUAAGUUUUUACCAGGCACAAACUGGAAGCAAGGUGACUGUUAUACCGUACUUGACAAUUACGUCACAACGAUGAACGAAGUUAGCGGAGGAAAGCAAGAAAUGACUAGUAAUUCAGCAUGGGAAGCUUUGGCUGGCCAGUCAGUUUCGGCAUUGCCUACCAUGCAUCAUCAUCAGCUUUUACAACCGGAAGCAAAUCCUCCGGUUACUCAAGUUAUUGUACCAACACCAGUUAAACUUCAAGCAGCAAUACUACCGCCACCUCAAAGUGUGGUUGAGCAUUGUCCUCCUUUAGCUCAUAUGCAGCAAACCUCACUUGCUUCACAGGCUACUGCGCCAGGUGCUUUUGUCGAUUCUGAACUAUCACCUGAGCUCCAACAGCAGGGAUGGAAAAAGUUUUGGAGCAAAAGGGAAAACAGACCGUAUUUUUGGAAUAAGUCGACUGGAGAAUCUCUCUGGGUUCCUCCAUCACUCAAACCGCAAUUUGAUCCAAUAACUGAUCCCUUGGGUAUAUGCGGCGUACCACCGGCUCCUGGCAAUGGUCCGAUAGCCCCUGCUACUCCUGCAACUACGCUUAAACGCAGAGCAUCUGAGGACAGCCCUGUUGCUUCUGCAGCAAAGAAAUUCAUUUUAGCCGGCCCAUGGGACUUGGAGAUCUCAACAAAUGUAAUAAUUUACGAAAGAGGACCUUCGAACUUACCCCACAUUCAUCCGGACGUUGAAGCCUUCAGAUGUGGAUUGCUUGCAAAAUUACGCCAGUGCUAUCAAGAGCUCUGUCACACGCGAGAAUCUAUAGACGCUCCCAGGGAUUCCUUCAAUCGGUGGCUGAUGGAGCGCAAAGUCAUUGAUUGCGGCUCAGACCCAUUACUUCCGAGUCAAUGUUUCCCAGAAAUAUCAAUGUCUAUGUAUCGUGAAAUAAUGAACGAUAUACCAAUGAAACUUGUCAGACCAAAAUUCACUGGUGAUGCCAGGAAACAGCUGUCAAGAUAUGCCGAGGCAGCUAAGAAUAUGAUAGAAUCUAGGUCUGCGUCUCCCGAAAGUAGAAAAGUUGUUAAAUGGAAUGCUGAGGACACCUUUCAAUGGCUAAGAAGGACGGUUGGUGCUACUUUUGAUGAUUUUCAAGAUAGAUUAGCUCAUUUAAAAAGGCAAUGUCAACCUCACUUGACGGAGACAGUAAAAGCUAGCGUCGAGGGAAUCUGUUUAAAAAUUUACCACCUUUCGACAGACUACGCAAAAAAAAUUAAAGAUAAGAACUGUCAAAUAACGAAAGAAAGCGGGCUCGCAGACGUCAUACCAUUGACAGGUCCUGUGAGUAGCCAGAGAAAAGUAUGGUGCUAUCCUGUGCAGUUCUCCUUGCCAAGUCCGCGUUUACCGCAAAUAGAGUACUUACCAGAAAGAGAACAAACCAUGCUACGCUUUCAUGGAGACACAAUGGGCAUAAAUAACACGCACUUGACAAAACUGGAACAUUUGUACAGAUAUAAUUGCUUUGACGAUAAAAAAUUCGAGAUGUUUCUACCCCGAGUUUGGUCCAUGCUCAAAAGAUACCAAACGUACCUUGGAAUAAAUGAGGGUCAAGCUACGCAAAUGGCAUUGCCAGUCACUGUCUUUGAGUGUCUUCAGAGAACUUUUGGCGUCACUUUUGAAUGCUUUGCUUCUCCAUUGAACUGCUACUUCAGACAAUAUUGCUCGGCAUUUGCCGAUACAGAUUCUCACUUUGGAUCAAGAGGACCUUUCCUUGACUUCAGGCCCAUUAGUGGCUCCUUUGAAGCCAAUCCUCCAUACUGUGAGGAGCUAAUGGAGGCCAUGGUUAAUCAUUUUGAGCAAUUGCUUGCUGAUUCAGUUGAGCCUCUCUCGUUUGUAGUUUUUCUACCCGAAUGGAGAGAUCCGGCACCUAACGCACUUCUAAAACUUGAGAGUAGUCACUUCAAACGCAAGCAAGUUGUUGUGCCUGCAAUGGAACAUGAGUACCGACACGGCUUUCAACAUAUCCUUCCUAAGGGAGAAGUCAAUAUACGAGCAGCACACGGUACUCUUGUUGUGUGGCUGCAGAACGCUGCUGGUAAUGCACGUUGGGGACCGACGGAUGACCGAGUAGAGGCACUCUUAGAGGCUUGGAGACCUGGGAGAGAAAGGGAAAGAGAUAGACAAGAACUACUCUCCCCACCACGGCAAACACAUCAACCUAUCGCUGCUACCCCCAUUCCUGUGGCGUCAACACCCACGACCCCAACGACCCCACUUUCAUCCUUGUCUACUCUUUCAACACAUCCCAUAGCAUCAGCGCAGCUAAUUUUUAGGUGAAAAUGCUACACUUGGUAGUUGCUGCAUACGAAGAAUUUUCUCGUAACCAUUUUUUAAAUCUACUUUGAAGUUUUAUUAAUAUUUUUUGUAGUGUGCAUUUACUUUAAGUAUCAUAUAUGGUACUUGACAGGGUUUCUCCUCAAAGCAUGCAAUUGUCAAGGUCCUUGAUAUUGAAUAAGACGUUACUGCUGGUCUAACACAUUUUCUCCUACAUUUAUAUUAAAGUGAGACAAUUGUUUAUUGUUCUUCAGGACUUCCCAUGUACUAUGUACCUCCUGUGCUGUCUUGUAGAUAUUUAUUGAUGAUUUUACACAAAAGUUGAUAGAGCUUUCAAAGCGUCGAAUUAUACAAUCAAUAAACUGUUUUUUUUUUUUAAACUGUUACGCUGUGCCUUAAUCUUUUUUCCAACAUUUACCCAUUUACUGAUCUGUCGGUUUUGUGCCGAUCCAACUCACUAAUAUCUAUGUAUAAUGUGAAAAGGUAAAUUUCAUGAUAAGAAUUUGGUUCAUAUUUAGUGACUAACAUCAAUAUUCUCAUUCCGAAUUAAUUCUUCUGGUGUAAAUCCAUAGGUCAUGUAUAAUCUGUUCUAGACAGACAUAAUAAUAUAAAAUUUUGAAAUGAACAAACCUAAAACUUAGUAAAUAUAUUGCUAACUGGCGAAAUAUUUUCUCAAGAUAUACCUGAUUACAUCUGUUUAAAUUCAUUCUUAUGACACCCAUCAUUUUCAAGGAUCAUUUUGAAAGCUCUGUGCGACUUGCUAAUGAAUGUUUGUUAUUGUUAUUAUCGGUAUCUUUCGCAAAUAUUAUUAAAAUGAGUUGAUGUCAUACGAACAUCAUCAUUUUCGUCAUCUUCACGAUAAAAAAAGUUGACCUGAAAUUAU